GCGGUUGCAGACCUGAGAGCUGAGCUACUGUGCUCUAUUCACAUGGAGAUCUUUAAAGAUCCUGUCACACUGCCGUGUGGACACAGCUUCUGUCGGGAUUGUAUCACCAAAACAUUUGACCAUCAGGAUAAGGAUGACCUCAGAUGUCCUGAAUGCCAGCAGAGGUUAAGUCGAAGACCUGGACUGAAUACAAACUUUCGGCUAAGUAACAUAGCGGAGGCCUGUACUCAAUCUGAACAGGAGGAGACUGGGAUCUUCUGCACUUUCUGUGACUUCCCAGUUCCUGCAGACAAAUCCUGUUUGCAGUGUGAAACCUCCAUGUGCAAUAGACAUCUGACAAGACACAACAUGAGGACAUCGGAGCACACUUUAUUACCCCCGAGCACUGACCUGAAGAACAGAAAGUGUCCUACUCACAAGAAGAUCCUUGAGUUUUACUGCAUGGAGGACAGUGCUUGUAUCUGUGUGUCCUGCAGGUUGGAUGGAGAUCAUAAGGGACACAAAGUGGAGAUACUUGAUAAAGCUGUUGAGCACAAGAAGAAGAACCUGAAAUUUAGACAAGAGACACUGAGAUCAAUGCAAGAGAAAAUUAACCAGAAAAUCCAGAGUCUGCAGACUCGUAGCAUCAGACUUCUUCAAAAAGCUGCAGUUUUGUCAAAAAGAGUCACUGAUCAAUUUCAGAAUAUAAGGAAAGAACUUGGAAUCCUAGAACAGAAAGUCCUGAGCGAGAUCCUCAGACAGGAGAAGAUAAUGUCAGUCUCCAAUACUCAUCUGAUCCAACAGCUGGAAACAAAGAAUAACGAGCUGUCCAAGACGAUUGGCGACAUGGAGACACUGAUCAGGACAACCGAUCCACUCACUGUCCUAGAAUUCAAGAAGGAUGAUAUCUCUAACACCAACAGUUGUGAAGAGGACACAGAAAUCCGGGAACUCCGAGGUCCAGGAGAUCUACAAACAGACACAAACCUAAAAUUGUUAUUCAAAGAUGUUUAUAAUAUCGUAAAAAGUGUAGAGAACGGGAUCUUUAGGUAUGAGCCCACAGACAUAACACUUGACCCAACAACAGCCGGUAAGAAUUUACACAUCUCCGGGGACUUAUGUAAAGCACAUGUUACAGACCAGAGCUACCCCGAGACACCGGACAGCUUUCAGUAUCCUAUGGUUCUAAGUAUAGAAAAAUUUAGCUCUGGAAAUUAUUACUGGGAGGUGGACACUGGUGAGUCGGGGGAGUGGAGAGUUGGUGUAAGCUACUCCAGCAUAGCCAGGAGAGGACGAGAGUCCUUGAUAGGAGACAAUGACAAGUCCUGGUGUUUGCGCAGGUAUUGUAAUCAAAUCUAUGCAAGACAUGACUGUAAAGACGUCCGUCUACCAAACAGUGCAUCAUGUGAGAGACUGCGAAUAUAUCUGGACUAUGAUGAAGGUAAACUGUCCUUUUAUGAGAGGAGAGAUCGUCUGAGACAUAUAUACACCUUCACUGCCAACUUCAGAGACAACCUCCAUGCUGCCUUUGGCUUAUCAGCUUGGUCAGGAAAACUUAGUUGGGUGAAAAUGAUUAAAAAAUAAACAGAAUGUGCCAUAAAUGUGUGAUCGAUGCGGGUCCCUAUCUCCAGAUUGAGGGUGUCCUGACCACUUUCUGGCCUAGUGAGGUAGUCCCUGGCUUUCGCAUCUAGGUGGAAAAUGAAUGGAUAGAUGGCUGUGCAGGGAUUCCUCCAUUCAUUCAUGUGGAAUUGUGGAAGUCACAUAAACAGCCAUGCACGCUUGCUCAGCUAAGUGCUACAGAAGUGAAGGGAGAGAUCCGUGUGCAGCCUCAGGUGCCAUCUUCUGCUUGGAGGUAAGACCUGCAUCGAUUUCACAAUGUGUUUGUUCGCUCAAGGAUUUAUGUGCUGAAAACCUGCAGAAACCACCUCCCAUUGUUGUCAAUGGCGGUCCGAGCUGCAGAUCGUUUCACACUAAUUUCUAGACCGCAUCAAGCAGGGAUUGGGGCUAAAACCGCAGGCAGAUCCGGCGCAUUCGAAACAGUGGUGGAACUCAAGGUCAGCCAUCGCCAUAAACAUAUCCUUAGACAUUUAUGGCAUAUCCACAGGACGUAACAAAAUGUGUAAGGGGUUUCUCCACCUGACCCCAUAAUGUUAUUUUCUCCCUUUCUUUCCGUCCCCAUUACAUGUAUGUGUGCCCUGUCCUUCGCCUUGCGAUUAUCUGUAAUUCGGCUGGAGCAGUUACCUUCUCUUUGACUUAUUUUAUAUACAGGGGUGCACCACCAAUGAGGCCUGUAGCGACCAUAUUUUAAACUUGAAUAAACACGCUGCAAAGAAAUCUGGUGAGUGCGGCAGGUUAAUUUCUUUUAUACAUCAUAUAUAUUAUAUAUAUAUGGUAUAUAGAUGUAUUAUAAAACCCCUGCUGAAUCACUGUGUAUGACUGCAAUCCUUAUGAUGUACCAUUGUGUCUAACCUCACCUGUAAUCAUUUACAUAUCUGCCAGAGACAUAACUGCAGUGUCCAACAUUUCUAUCUGGUGCGGGAUUAUUUAUUGUCAA